UCUUAAUUGAUCUCUAAUCUUUAACAACAAAAUCAAAUAGCAAGCAAGAUCAACGAGAACUACAACCAGAGGGCUACUAGUAGAACUGCAAGAGGAGAUUAAGGAACUCAUCACAUCAAAUAGCAAUUACAUCAUAACAUGCCUUCAAAACAAUUAAGUGGUUCUGCCAAGAGAAAGAAAUUGAAUGAAAGAGAAAAAUUAGAAAAAUCUUUAAAAGGGGGAAUUCUGAAAUUCACAAAGAAAAUAAAAGUUUCGAGUGGUGCAAGUGAAGAUAUAGUGGAGGAGAAUGUGUUUCAAGAUACUGAAAAUAUACAAGAUAAUGUGAAUGCUGAAGACAAUAUGGAGAAUGUGUAUACAUUUGUGUCUGAAGAUGUGGUUGAUUAUAACCAGCCAUUCGGACCAUUAGAUAUUUAUGAUUCAGGAUAUUGGGAUAAAUUCAAGCAAAGUUUUAGAGAUCUUCCGGUGGAGAGAGGCCUGAUAAGAAUUUUACAAGCAGACUUUCAGUUUCCUCUGAUGAUUACUAGAGUAAAAUUUUGCCAAAUGGAGAGAAACAAGAUAGAAGAUGGCUAGUGUAUUCAAUUGCUGUGAAUAAGGUAUUCUGCUUUUGUUGCAAAUUAUUCCCUCAACAGAAAUCUAAUAGUUAUUUAGUAAAUGGGGCAUCAAGAUUGGGGAAAUUUAAGUAUAACACUUAAGGAGCGUGAUACUAGUCAUGCUCAUGUCAAGUGUUUAAUUGAUUGGAGGGAGGCAGAGAAAAGACUACAAAAAAAUAUGACUAUUGAUAGUGAGUUGCAAGCACAAAUCAAGAAGGAAAAGGAGCAUUGGAGACAAGUUUUGUUGAGGAUAUUUGCAAUUGUAAAGACCCUGGCUAAAAAUAAUUUAGCAUUCCGUGGUGAUAAUGAGAAUACAGGGGAUGAUCAUAAUGGAAUCUUUUUGAGCAUAAUUGAAAUGAUUGCUGAAUUUGAUCCGUGUAUGAAGAAGGAUAUUCAAAGAAUUGCAAAGGGGAAGACUCGCCGACAUUAUCUUGGUCAUAAUAUACAAUAUGAGAUGAUCCUCUUAUUGGUUGGUAAGAUUAAAAAGAUUAUUGUGAAGAAGAUCAAAGAAGCGAAGUACUUCUCUAUUAUCGUUGAUUGCUCUCCUGACAAAAGUCAUAUGGAACAAAUGUCAUUGGUAAUAAGAUGUGUGAAUGUUUCGACGACUUCAGCAAAGGUGGAAGAGUUCUUUAUAGAUUUUAUAAAGGUGGAUGAUACUUCUGGUGAAGGAUUGUUUAACUCACUUUUGGGUGCUUUAAGAGAUGUCGAUCUUGAUAUAGAUGACAUUUGAGGACAGGGGUAUGACAACGGAUCAAAUAUGAAGGGCAAGCAUAAGGGCGUACAAAAAAUCUUCACUUGCUUCUAGAUUCGAACAAUUUCAAGUAUAUGAGAGUGUUUUUGGCUUCUUGUUUGAUGUACAGAAGUUAAAGUCAUUAGAAGAUGGUUGUUUGAAGACUUCUUGUGAAAUUUUUGAAGCAUACUUAAAGAAUGACAUGGUCUUUGAUAUUGAAGGCAGUGAUAUGUUCUUAGAGUUAAAACACUUGAAAAGAGUUCUCCCUCCCACUUGCACAGAUUCACCUGGAGUGUUGAAUUUUAUAAGAGAGUUAAGUGGAUGCUACCCGAAUGUCUAGAUUGCAUAUAAAAUUUUGCUAACAGUGCCUGUUACAGUUGCUUCAGCCGGGAGGAGCUUUUCAAAAUUGAAGAUAAUCAAAAAUUAUCUCCGUUCAACUAUGUCUCAGUCUUGAUUCCGAGAGUUUGAUGAAUGAGUUUGCGUCUAGAAAUGCAUGUAGAGCUAUUUUUAAGAAAUAAAUUCAGUUUUUUAAUAUACAGGGGCCUAAUUUUUUAUGCUUGCAUGGGGCCUAUUAUUUGUUGGAGCCGGCCCUGUGAGUGAUAGGACGUCCUAACCAUCCAACCGCUAUUGCAUCCCCCUUAUCCAUUGAGCAUUUGAGCCUGCCUUGAAUAAUCCCCCUCUUGCCGGAAUAUUGCCGAUGUAAUCAUAAAAAGCUAAUUUUUUUUAAAAAAAACAACUAAAUUUUCAUGAAUUUUAGACUAAAUUUAUGAUAAACUUUGAUUUUCGGCUAGCCCCACACUAACUCUUUGAUAUAUCUCUUGCUGGAAGUACCCUUGAUCCCAUUGAUAACAAGUAGGCCUCAAUAAUUCGAUUGGGGUAGUUGCCUAACCAUACUACAUAGUUCCCGGCAACAACAAAAGUUGCAGAAAAUGACAAUGGGCUGAUAUGGUCUUGACUAAUGAUAUUGGGCUACUUGAAUGGGCAAUGCUGCGUUGGGUGCAACAAAGCCCCCCCCCCCCCCCCCCCCCCCCC